AUGUCUCUCCAGAAGAAAACCAUGCCUUACGUCAGGCUGGGCAACUCCGGCCUCAAAGUCUCCAAAAUCAUCUUGGGCACAAUGCAGUACGGAAGCUCCGGCUGGCAGGAGUGGGUGAUCGAUGACCAGGAGAAGGCCAUUGAGCACAUCAAGUUCGCAUAUGACAACGGCAUUCAGACCUUUGAUACUGCAAAUGUCUAUUCCAAUGGUUUGUCGGAGAUCAUCCUCGGGAACGCCAUCAAAAAACUGGGCCUUCCUCGUGCCGAGAUAGUCGUUAUGACAAAGGUGUACGGCGUCGUUGCUCCAUCGUAUGACAUCAAUCUCCUGAAAUCAGCCGUGCCGCCUGAGGAAAUGGGGCUCGUAAACCAGCGCGGCCUCAGUCGCAAGCACAUCUUCGAGUCGGUCAAGGCGAGCCUCAAACGGCUGCAGCUCGAUUACGUUGACCUCCUGCAAUGCCAUCGUUUCGACUACGAAACGCCGAUCGAAGAGACCAUGCAAGCCCUGCAUGACGUCGUCCAGGCCGGUUACGUGCGCUACAUCGGUAUGAGCUCAUGCUACGCCUACCAAUUCCAAGCGAUGCAGAACUACGCGAUUAAUAACAGGCUUACGCCCUUCAUCUCAAUGCAGAACCACCACAGCCUGGUGUACCGCGAGGAGGAACGCGAGAUGUUCCCCACGCUCAAGAUGUUCGGCGUGGGCGCGAUCCCCUGGUCCCCACUCGCGCGCGGCAUCCUCACCCGCCCGCUGGGGGAGCAGACGAAACGAGGUGAGACGGACAAGCCGAUCGGGCGGUACAUGCGCGGGGCGGGCACGCCUGAGAUCCUGAAGCGAGUCGAGGAGCUCGCGCAUAAGAAGACGAUCAGCAUGGCGCAGAUCGCUCUCGCGUGGAGCAUGGCAAAGGAAGGUGUCACGGCGCCGAUCAUCGGCACGACAAGCCUGCAGAACUUGACUGAUAUCAUCGGUGCUGUAAACGUGGAACUCUCGCAGGAGGAUAUCAAGUAUCUCGAGGAGCCGUACCAGCCGAUGGCUAUCGACGGGCACAAUAUAUUCAAGAAUGUAACAGAUAGAUUCCGCAUAUCGCCAGCUUUUGUCAGCUCUCAACGUUCAGCUGCUCUACGCUUGGAUAUCAGGGAUUUAAUAUUUAUGACUUGCAAUGACCUUAGACCGAGCUCCCAGUUCCACAUUUUCCACUGCGUUUCACUGGCAGGCGUACUGCGUGCACUCCUUAACGAGGCAAAGUUUAGGAUUUACCUGCUUGGCACUGUGCCCCAUGCAGUGUUUUACAACAUUAGAGUCUUUCGGUUCGGAUUACCGCUCAUCCUGAAAAUCACGCGUCGAACUACAAGCACUGAGGCGCAUGCGCUGAAGUUCUUACACAGCACAGGCUUGAAUCUACCCAUUCCGCGCCUAGUAGACUCGUUUGUUCGUGCAGGAUGCACGUAUACGAUUAUGUCACGGCUCCCUGGUGUUCCACUCCUCAACAUAUACGAUAACAUGGAGCCUGAGCAGCAGGGCGUAAUAUGUUCAGAGGUGGAGGCCGUUAUGAAGACGCUGUGGGAGAUCAAACAGCCGGCGGACAUUGCUGGCCAGGUCAUGAUGAGUGCCUCUGGCGACGGUCUCCCCGAUCCUAUAUUUUUCUUCGAGGAACACUCCGGCCCUUUCCCGUCUGCACUUGCCUGCUAUGCCCACGUCUCCCGCCGCACGCCCGAGGAGUUCGAUGGGGACGUAGACAUCUCCGUGCAGAAGACUCUUGCCGCGGAUCCCAUUGUAUGGGUACACACGGACCUCCGUAUGCAGAACAUCUUCAUCAAUGACGGCCAUAUCAGCGGUGUCAUCGACUGGGAAGACUCCGGCUGGUAUCCGUUGACAUGGCAGAUCCAUGCUAUGCGUUGGUGGCAUCGUGGAUGUAAUGGUUGGUGGCGCGGUUAUUGGUCGGAUGACUACAGGUUCCCUCCAGUUUCGGAGCACGCUUAUGAUUGCUCUUGCAAGGUGCUAACGUACUCGGUGGUUUGA